UCAACCUGGUCAGAGGUCAUAGUCUCUAGUGUAAUAAGAACUGCAAAAAUGAACUUUAAACUUUCGCUCAUCCUACUCCUAACGAACAACUCAGUGCUAACAGAGAAGAUGUUUCAUCUUACGCGGAAUCAUUCUACAAAUCAAAGAAUUCAUCUUGUAAUUCAUCGGGAAUUCUGGAAACAUCAAGGGAAGAAUAAAACGGAAUCGCGUACGAAUGAUGUGAAAAAGUUGACGGAGCUAGUCCACAAUUUAGAGGAGAAUCUCGCGGCAAAUCACGUGGCAUUGUCUAACAAAAUCAUGGAGCUGCAAGCUGAACUGAACGCAACGCAGAGCGUACAGAAUAUCCAGGCCCCGCCCCAUGCUGAGCAGGGAGAUUACUACUGUGGUAAAGUAGAGAACUUCCAACUCACCGAAGGCCGACUACGUAUGCUCAAGAACGUUACGUUUGCCAAACCUUUCAAUCGUCCUCCGGUUGUCUCAGUUUCUUUGACAAGUAUUGAUAUGUCUAACAAGAAGGGAUUUAGGUUUGGGGUCAGUGCGAGGUCAGUCACCACGACUGGGAUGCAGGUCGUGUGUGAAACGUGGGCAGACACCGUUUACAACUCGGCCACUGCACACUGGAUCGCCGUCGAGGCGUAGCAGACGACUCUCCGACUUCUGCUCCCAAAGAUUGGGAUCGACAGCACGUUAUCAAAAUUACGUGUUAUAAUAGUCUUUAGGGUUGCCAGAUACCUUUUCCGAAAAUACUGGACACCUUUCCAUCCUUCCCUUCUCAGGUAUGCCGCAAAGCAGAAGAAGGGGGGUAACAGAGUAUUAUUCAUAUACUUGUCCAGUAUUUAUAUUUAUUUUAUCCUGGACAGUCUGCUCAAAUACUGGACUGUCCAGUUCAAAACUGGACACCUGGCAACC